AUGGGGACCUUUGAAGACUCAGGCAAGUGCAAGGGAUUUGCGUUCAUCGAUUUCGACUCUGCCACACUCGCCACGAAAGCGCUCAUUGAACCACGGAAUAGUCGCUUGUUGGGGCGGUCCCUUCAGCUCGAAUUCGCCGGACAGGAUGCUGUGCGGCGAGGCGCAUCUAAAGACCUUUUACCGGACUAUGUACCCACGCGGCGUCGGCGACGUUCACACGCAGCGGACUCUAAGGAAAUGGAUUCGAUGGAGGAUGAUGCUAGUGCGGACGCCAACAAACAAAACGAUGAUGCUGGUGCAGAUCAAGGUGGAACCGCGCACUGGGAUGCAUCCGUAUCUCGUCGCAAACAAUCAACCCAGCCGCGCCGUGUCCGACCAGGUGCAGCGAAUGCAUCGGCGCCUCGUCAGACCUAUGGCAUUGUUCCCUCAGAAGGAAAGCGGACCACGUUCGAGUAA